AGCACAGCGUAGAAAACAGUUAGUUUAUGUAUUAUUUCGUCUUGGUAUUUGUCCUGUUAUACAUAUUUCUCGGUUCGGUUCCCCCGGACGGGAUAGCUUUCUCUUUAGCGAUAAACCUGGCCUGUGAGUAGUGGUAGCGUUGGCUGGCACAACAAAAGUCCUCCCGUCUAGGUUUUGGUUACAAAUCAAACUUCCGACCGAAUCAAUUUUCCAUUCUGCUUCGUAUUGAAGUUGAAACAGUGAGGGAUUAUUAUGCCAACUUUCUCUUCUGCUUGGUGGUUGAGUCACUCGACAAACUUUUACCUGGCUUUUUUGGUCGUUAGUUUCCUCCUGGAAGUUGACGAAGGUUGAGGUGGCUUCGAUCUAAUAAAAAUUGAAUUAAAAAACGGAACCAGUGAUAGAUUUUUCAUAUGUAUUGAUCGUAAAUGUGUUGGGAAUGGGUUUUAAUUAGCAUAAGUGAAUUCAUAAUUUACUAAAGGUUUUAAUCAUCAAUUAAGAAAAUGUGACUCUUUUUCUCCACCCGGUGAAAGUUUUAAAGACAAUUUUACGUACGAGUUUGUUUGCUAUUAAGAUGGAAAAAUACGAACCCAUCGGCGUUGUGGGGGAAGGCAGCUAUGGAGUUGUGUUAAAAUGCAGACAUCGGGAAAGUGGAAAGUCUGUAGCAAUUAAGAAAUUUAUAGAUUCGGAAGACGAUCAAAAUGUGAGGAAGAUUGCUUUGAGGGAAAUCCGAGUUUUGCGGAAAUUACGCCACGAAAACCUGGUCAACCUGCUUGAAGUCUUCCGACGGAGGAAACACCUCUACCUCGUUUUUGAAUUUAUUGACCAUACACUCCUUGACGAAUUGGAAAGUAAAAGUAAAGGGCUCGAGGGCGAAGUUGCGAGGAAAUAUGUCUACCAAAUUCUGCGAGGGUUGGGAUUUUGUCAUGAUAAUAACAUAAUCCAUCGCGACGUGAAGCCUGAAAACGUGCUCGUGUCGAAGAAUGGAAUUGUGAAAUUAUGCGAUUUCGGAUUCGCCAGAAACUUAUGCGGUCCGGGGGAGCAGCUCACCGACUACGUGGCGACGAGGUGGUAUCGAGCCCCCGAACUGUUGGUGGGAGACGCCUCGUACGGAAAAGAGGUGGACAUCUGGGCAGUGGGUUGUCUUUUCGCAGAAAUGAUGACAGGAGAGCCAUUAUAUCCGGGUGACUCGGAUAUCGACCAGUUGUUUCUUAUUGCACAGUGUCUCGGUCGCUUGGCCCGACGCCACUUGUCCAUCAUGUCGAGAAACUCGGCUUUCCGUGGGUUUCAAUUUCCUCCUUCGCGUCACGGCUCGACCGCCUCGACCGAUUCGAUGAGCACGGCAGCCGCACGGCCCAAACUGGCCAAGCUGGAUUCGUCCUCAUCCUCGAGACACAGCAGUAACAGCAAAGGGGGCAAGGGGAGUGGUGCGCAUCGUCCCACCCAGGCGGAAAAAUCGGUAUUUUCGGACCUUUUUCCGACCUGGAAUGACGGAGAGGUCACUUUCCUCACGCUUUGUCUCGACCCAGAACCUUCUGGAAGACCGGGGUGCAAUGCUCUGCUAAGGUUGCCGUAUUUCACGCAUGAUAACUUUCCCUCCAGAUUUAUUAACGAACUGAACCAAAAGCUUCAACUCGAGGGACGCCACCCAAUCCCGGCCUACUCGACACGCAAAAAACGCAGCGUCUUAGGAACCCUUCAGCACGGUGCUAACGUUGUCCCCGGUCAUCACAACGUGUCUCACCUGACCAAGAAGAAUCCCGUGUAUCAGGGAAGACUUAACUUGGCCGAGACAAGUAAUGAACCACAACCAAUCACGACCAAAUAUUCCGACACUUUUCCUCCUACCACGGUGCAAAAAACACCACAACUUAUUGCGGCUGGAAAAUCAAAUCAAAUCGAUAACACGACUUCCUCCUCGCAACAACAACAACUCUAUAAAUUCAGCAAUUUGACGAGAGAUCAAACAUUUUUGGUGGAACGAGGUAAGGGAAGUCUCCCGAGAAAAAAUGGAGAAUUUUUCGUCACCAACCAGGAGACGAGGAUCCCUUCCUUGCUGAGUAGAAAGUAUUCGGAUGACUCCCUCCAAAAUAAGAACAACGGAUCCUUGUUCCUCAAUUCUACUUCAAAAUCCACCCCAAACAUAGUCACGGAAGGAAAUUCCAGUAAUCCACAAGGACACAAGGAGAUGAAAAGGUUCUCAAUUCCGCAACAGCAGCAGCAAUCCCAAACCAAUAAUUCUUUCACUCAAGGGGUAACCCAACCUAGGAAAUUUUCGUAUUCUUUCCCACCCCCCGACAGCAACGGGAAAGAACAGCAGCAGCAGCAUCAUAAUUCGUACAUGAAAGAGUUUGAUAAUGAAAAUAGCGGUGGAAUUGGAACCAAACUAUUUCAGCCCCUCCCCGUAACUACGUUAACCUUCAGUCUGAACGGGGGUGGCGUGGGGGGUGGUUAUCAUAACCAUCCUUAUUCCCUCUCAGUGGCGACGACGAGCAAUUCAAAAUCUCCAAAUCCCCCCUACCUCAAUGUGACUAGUCAACAGAUCCUGAAACGGACGCCGAGUCCGACGCAUCAUCAAAAUAGUAACGGUGCUUCUACUCGAAUAUUGAAGAAUAGCGAAUUUGGGAAUAAUACAAACUCCAACUACUUUCCACACACCCACUUUUCCACGAAUAAUAUGAACGGGAAUUCCAACGGGGGUCGAUAUCCGGUCAGCUUUUAUCAAGCAAAUAAUAGUAAUAAUGGGAACAACAAUUUCGCCAAUAAUGCGAAAUCCCUGCCCGCCACGGUAUUUGGGUCGUCGAUGAUUUUAAAGAAUCAUACCGACUUUGGUGGUGGUGGAAAUAGUGGGGGAGAAACUUCGUCCUUCCUGCCACGCAUGCCGGGGAAGACUUUCACCGGAUCGGGAGGCAGUGUUAAGGAGGAGGAGGGACCGUCAAGUUACUCAAAAGCUGGGACUAAUUCGCUCCCCCGAAGAAGAGAAAGUAUGACGAAUAGCAGAAUGUUAUGGGGCGAACAACAGGAAUUAGGAUCUCCUCCAGGGAAAAGUAGCGGAGUCACCUUGCUGUCCAACAUUAAGGGGGUCACCUCAACCAAAUUAAGCAAUGGGAGCGGAGAUCACAUUCUGUUGACGACGUCGACGACGACGAACAACAAUCCCAGACAUUUUAGCACGUAUGGGACGCAGCUAUAUUAGAAAUUGAUUCCAGGAAUCGAUAAAUCGAUUUUUUUCUCAGUUUAUUUAUUCUUAAGGAGUUUGGUACAUACAUAUUUAUCGACUUAAUAUUUAAUAAACCAAUUAUUACAAAUUUUUUGAUCACCACCAUUGAUGCUUCAAUCGUUUAAAUAUAUGCUAUAACUCAAGUUAAGUAAUCACUUAAUUAAUUUUCACGGCGAGUCAUUAUGGAAAAUUUUUCGGAAAAUGGUUCCCUAGAAUUGUUGAGAUGAAGAUGAUGAUGAGGCGGAUGCGUUACUUGUCGUAUUUUUGUAGUCCCUCUUGUUCUGGAGGUACCAAACUAUGUGCCGUUUC